GUUCUUUUAAUCUUUAAUUGCAAAAAUGCAAUUACAGCCGGCAGACUUCAUUAGAAGUUAAAAGACAAUCCCAAGCGCCCGCUCGUAAAACGACAAUGCUUGUCAUAGAAUAACGAACGCGUUUAUGGCCUAUUUGCAAGUGACUCGGGAAUGUGCCACAUGCAGGUGUGCUCACUCCUAAGAUUCGCAGCACAGCUUCCAUAAAUCAGCCCUGCAAACUGUGACCAGAUAUAAUUAUUGCAAACGGUGACAUUAACAUGCCGCACGGGGUGUGAAAAAUAGCUCACACAUUGGAUGUGACACAAAUUCAAUAACAUUUUUAUCGCGAAAUAUAAAUUUAAUAAAAAUAUUGACAUAGCAUUUCAAUGAGUUUUUAAAAUCUUAGAGGUGUGCAUUUUAUUAAUAAAGAAAUACGAAAAAACUUGACGAACCAAUCUUCGUUUAUGAGUUUAACCCUUAAAACUAGGCUCUUACAGGAAUCUCUAAGGGACAAUUUUUCACAACCCUUUUCUAGGAACUUGCACAUCUAACUCAAAGAGUGAUGUCAACCUCAGUUUUUUUCACGUGUGUGGCACACAUAUUUCCCAUUAAUUUUUCUUCCGCGUAUUGUAACUAUUUUAUAGCUCUGCCGCAGCAUACAUUAUGCAGAAACGCAUUACCCGUCUAAUAUAAAAUUAUUGUUAUUAAUAAUAAUGAACACAAUUGCACGCAGCCUUGCUUUUUACUAUUGCCGUGUGUUUUACGACCGUUUGCCGAAUGGAAUCAAUCAGCCGCCUCUCCCUUCUGCAAAAAGGGUGUUAGGAGCUGCGAGCAGGUCUUUUCUUUAUUAUCUGGCAUAUGUGCACGCGGCCCUCUGCCUCAUUCUGAGAUAAAGCAGAUUGCAGAGCGUGCGGUUCGAUCUGUUCCGCUCGUUCGGAAGCACCAUGAGCACCACCGCCGAGCCUCUUGCUGUCCUCGAGCACCGACACGCUCCUUGGAUGCAGCAUGCCACCGGUGCUUACGUCGGCCGGGGUCGGCGCGGUGGCUGCUCGUCGGCUGCCAAGGACAGCGGCCAGCAGGGUCUCAGCAAGAGCCCGACCGGCCACAAGCCCCACCGAAUCUGCGGCGUGUGUGGCGACCGCGCCAGAUCGCUCCACUUUGGUGGCCUCUCCUGUGACAGCUGCAAGGCCUUCUUCCGCAGGGCUGUCCAGAGUGGCACCUACAAGAGCUUCCAAUGUCCUCAUCAACCUGGAGGGUGGAACAAGUUCUGUGUGAUCACCGUGGCUUCACGGAAGAGCUGCCAGAAGUGCCGAUUUGAGGCUUGCGUGCAGAUCGGAAUGGAAAUUUCUUGGGUGAUGAGCGAAGCCGAGAGGCAGAGGCUGCUCAUAUCUCGCAUGGCCAAAAAGCGCAAGCUAGACGAUGGAGACGCGCAGAACGCGACACCGAGCAGCUCGACUUCUGAGCCGAACAGCCCUGUGCUCCUCAAUAAGGCCAGACCCCAUCAAGACUAUCUCUGGCCUCUCUACCCUGAUAAUGUGUGCCUUGAAUCGUUCAUGAGCCCGGCCGAGGCAGGUGCCAUUGAAAAAGUGAAGCAGGCGUGGAGCAACUCUAUGCAGCUCAUCCCAGCGACCCGGCUGGAGGGGCGAGAUUUGAGCAAUAUGGAUUUCAACCACACUGAGUGCAUCAGAGCGAUCAACGGCUCCAUCAAAAGGUUUCAAGUCUUUGCGUCCCCAUUGUUCGUUGACACUGAUGUGGUUGACAAGGACAAGAAAACCAUUCUGAAGAGUUGCAUGCUGGACCUCUGCAUUUUGAGAGCGGCGCUGAAUCAUUUCCGAGGGGCAAACGUGUUGGAGAAAAUCUUUCCAACAAAUCUGCAUGAGGUGCACAUUCGGUUUGUGAAAGGCCUGCAGGAACUUUCCCUUGACCAGACCACCAUGCUGCUGUUUUUGGUUGUCAUUCUUCUCAGCCCUGACCGUCCAGCUCUUGAGCAGCCAAAGAAGUUGGAGAAGAUGCAGGAGUACUACCUGCUGCUUUUGUACAAAUACAUGGUUGGCCGGUACGGCAUGCCAAAAGCCUCCGUUCUCUACCCAAAGCUGCUCAGCAAGAUGGCAGACAUUCAGGAACUGAGUGACUGCCAUCAAGAGAACUACUUGCAGUUCGCUCAACACGAAGUACUAUCAGUGAAGGAGGAGUUGAACCGCAUCCAGUGCUCUGAUUGCCCUCCGUCCUACGAAGCUGCCUACUCUGGUGAACAGCACCACCUGAGCUCUUUUGACCAGACCUUCGCCUCACCUGUAACCUCUCCCACCAGCGAGCAAUACUUGCCGACACCCACCCCACAGAGCUUCUACUCGCAGACAGCGUCGCCCAACUCUGACGCUGGCUACAUGUCCUACGAGGAGAAGCAGGGCUUUUUCUUUGAAGGAGUGCAGCCCAAUAACUUCAUGCAAGAUUUUCAGAAUAAUACUCUACUGCAAGGGCAGUGCUUCCAGCAAGAAAUGUGCCUGCCGCAGAACACGCAGCAGUUCCAGUACCCUGCCAACCAGUUCAACUAUGAUGAGGGCAAGCUUGGACAAUUCCAAGCCACUUGUGCGAGCCCAAAUGAUGGAGUUACUCACAGCCAGUCUGGGCUGUCACCUAGCCUGGAAUCCAGCCUUGGCUCCAGCCUCAGCACCAAUUACGGGUCGAGUCCGAAAGAACUGAGUAGCGAAGAAUAUUUGCCAACAGAUUUCCCGCAGUCAGUUUUCCCGCUCGAUCAAGACACGGACAACACGAGUGUUUACUUCAAUGUGUUUCAAAAGUGCUGACCACCUUAAGCUUUAUGCAUUUUUUCUAAAUAAACGCAAAACUAAA